AUGACGGAAGUGACGGUGAGCCGCCGCGACUCGGGCGCGACCGCGCCGUCGGCCCACGACGAGCUGGUGCGCCAGGUGCUGGAUGAGGAGAACGCGUCCGUGAGCGCGCCGCUGACGCUGCCCGACGGCCCCGACACCAAGAAACUCGCGAGUGCCGACGCCGCCGCCGCGCGCCGCGAGGAGGAGACGCAGGACAAUGUGACGCCUGAGCUGCUGACGUCCUAUCGCGCCACGAUGCUGCUGACGAACGACGACACGUCGGACGCGCUGCUCACGUUCCUCGGGGACAAGAGCAAGCUGCUGACGCGCUGCCUGUUCCCCGUGUUCCAGAGUGACGCCAAGGGCAACCUGCGCCACGCCUGCCGGGUCAUCGACCACCUGCUGCGCUUCUACCUGGACGACGUGUACGACGUGCUGGGCAAGAAUGCUGACACGGUGCAGAGGUACAUGGGCGCCAUGCUGCCGUACCUGGAGCACGCCCCCGUGGCCGAGCUGUUCCUGACGCUGGUAUGCAAACCGCACAGCGCCGCUGUCAUGCGGUUCUACUCGUCGACGCCCCCCAAGAAGUGGGCGUUCUUCCGUGCACUGGCGGAGUGGAAGGUGCUGCUGGUGCUGGCCAGCCACGUGUGCAGCGUUGAGUACGGAGAGACCCACACAAUCGGAGCUGCGGACGUGUUCGUGGAGCUACUGGACCGCCUUGCCGCGGACGACAACGGACAGCUGCUGCUGCAACCUGCGGCGUACUGCCCCGAGCUGCUGGAGGGACUGAUUCGUGCGGCCGUGGAGCCGGAGGACCCCAAGGCCAAGAUCCCGCAGAGAACUGUGGGCCAGCGCACGGCUGCUAUGAAGUGUGUGUUCCGCUUGCUGCAGAAGAGCACUCUGGAGAAGGUGCAGGGCCCGCCGACGAGCCCGUACCAGUCUUUCGGUGCUACCAUUGUGAACCUUGUACCCAACCAGUUGGGCCCGCUGCGUGAAAAGAUUUUUGGUCUUGUGGAGCAGCAUCUCGGCGAGCUCUUGCGCUACCUGAUCCAGAAAUACGUGAGCCAGCAGAACAUUGAGAUGCCUGACGAGGAGUCUGGAAAGCCGCUGCCCGAGGGUGCUGUUCGUCAUACGGCGUACGUUGUGAAGGUGCCAUUUACGGAACUGCGUCUCACGCUCGUGGAAGCUCUUGUGGAAAUUGUGGCACACAACCCACGUCUCAUGAGCGAACACUUUGACGCGAACGUAUGGCGUGUGCUGGUCACGUGGUUUUUCGAGUACUCGCACAACAACCUGUACCACGCUGCUUUCUACCAGCUUGUGUUUAUUGCGCUGCGUACGGACAACCAGCAGGCCUUGGAGGUGCUCGUCAAGAAGCUGAAGCUGGUCACGCUGCUUGUGGAGCACUACCGUGCCGACGGCGAUACCACGAGCAACAAGGGCUACAUUUUGCAGAUUUGCAAUGCCAUCCGUCUGCAGGCGGCUUCGCAGUCGCCCGAAGCGUUCCUGCGUAACUUUUUGCAGUCGCACACGACAUGGCGUGGAUUCGAGCAGGAACUCCGUGAUCAGACGACUUUGUGUUGUGUGAACGGCCUAGGAUUUACGGUGCCCCAGGCCAUUCGACCGGGUUACCAGAAGGACUCGUGGCAGAUGCUGAACGAAGAGCAGGCAGGGAUUGACCACGGAUCGGAGUUUGCUCGAUCGCUGGGCUUUGUGGAUGAUGUGGCUUGGCCGGAGGACGAUGUAGCUGAUGGCAACAAGAAGCGCAAGAAAAAGAAAAAAGGCAAGAGGAAUUCGCACCAGCCUAGCGCCAACGGCACGCAUGAUGCGGACGAAGCGGACAGCACCGAUGAUGAAUUCACCACCAAGCCUGAAGAUGCGGCGGCGGCGGCUUUGAUAGCGGCAGAGGAGGCCGAGCUGGUUGCGAACGGGUCUAUAGACAACAAGUCGAACGGAUCAAGUAUGCCCAAGAAGAAAAACAAAAACAAAAAGAAGCAGAACAAGAAAUAG